GCGCGGCCGCGGUGCAUUCGCGGUGUCUCCGCUCCUCCGUACUUACUGUUCGGGCAACAGUUGACAGUUCGCGUUUCGCACCGAUUGAUAUCGGCCGCAAUCUUCGCGCGGCGAUUUAUCGCGCCCUUAAAUCCCGAGCCUCUCUCGAAUUAAUAUUCGAGAUCAUCCCUUCUUUCUCUGAUAUGAUUUUAGAUUCUAAUAUCGCGCCGCUAUCUCAAUUCUGAGCCAGGAGGAUCUUGUGUCCCGGAAAUUUUUAUCGGUGAUCGUGAUUUUUUUUUUGCGAGGUUUUUUUGCGUCGAUAAAAAUCUCCAUAUCAAUAGAAGAUUUUUCCUACGUGUUCACCGGCUGAUUUUCCGGCGAAUCGAGCGAGAUCCUUCGUCCUCGCGACUUAACGUACCCGCGGUUUGUUUUUAGAAAUGAAUUUAUUUUUAGAAUUUCAAGUUCAUCGACUUCGCGCAGACCUCGUAUAAGCGCAUUACUGAAGAAACAAACGGGUGGAAAAAAAUCCGGCAAAAAAAACCGUGCAGGGUUUUUGCGUUCGAACGUCAAUUUAAUCGCGCAAAAGCGAAAGUCGGUGGACCGGUGGGGCUGGUCCAUGUCAUCGGGAGGAUGCUGGCGUGCGUCUAUCCGCGGGAAAACUUCGAGGUGAAAACCGUGGCUGUACGGCUUCAUCAUGGAAAAUCGUCCAAGAGGAAGUCCAAAUCCAAUAUAAAGGAAACUUCCUCGGUCACCACGAAGGCGGAAUGCAGCAACGAGCGAGUAGGACACGAGUUAGCAGUGGGCGGGGGUGGUGCUGUGCUGCUGCUCAGCGAGCUUGAAAGCAUGGCAGCCAGGCAGCAGCGGGAAAUCGCUCAGCAAAGGCGCCUCCUGGAGCAGAAAGAGGCCCGCUUAGCCGUGCUUCGAGGCGCACAGGAGCCAGCACAGCAGGACAGACUCGCUAGAUUGAGGCACAAACUGGACCAGCAACAGAGCAAGCUGAAUCGACUGCGAUUACUCAGAUCGCAGACGGAUCAGUCGCGUGUCAACAAUGCAACAUUGACCUCCGAUCUGGACUGCAUCCGGGCCCUGUUCAAUGAGAAGGAGAAGGAACUCUCGCUGGCGGUGGCGAAGGUCGAGGAGCUGACGCGGCAGCUGGAGGAACUCCGGGGUCGUCAGAAUGCCCCCGCCGGUGGUGGAAGCGCCGGGAACGUCGGAGGCGGUCUCGCGGGUGCCACCGGCAACGGACACCUGGCCACCCCGGCCAGCGCCGAACUGGAGAAACUCAGGAGAGAGCUUAUGUAUCGCAACAAGAUGAACGAGCAGCAAAACCAGGUGGUGUCCCAGCAACGUCAGGCUCUGGCACAACGGCAGGCCGAGAUGGCAUCGAUAGACGCGCGAAUAGCUCAGCUGCAGAGUCGUCUUCAGCGCAAGAGAGCGUUAAACCAGCGGUUGGCGCAUCAGCUGGGUCCUAACGGAAGUGGAGGUGGAGGUGGAGGACGCGGCGUCGUCGGCGGCGCCAACAACGCAGGCUUCCCGGACACGAAGCUCGACGGCUUCAACAGCGGCGGCAAGCUGAGACCGACCGGCAACAUUGCCGCGAUCGAGCCGUACUCGCAUAUACCGAACGACAAUGAUUUCAAUCUGAACAAAAACGAUCCCAAGUACCAGACACUGCCGUACAACACCAAGUUCACGGUGAACUUCAAGACCAUAGAGGACGACGUGAACAAAAACAAGAUACAACACUCGGCGAGCGCCUCCCAGUUGGGACAGCGGCCGACCUUUCAGCAAUACGGACACCAAAUCGUUCACAGUCAGUCGCAGUCGCACAUUCAGGGGCAAUCUCAAUUACUAGGAAGCAAUCAGCAGCAACAGCAGCAGCAGCACAAUCAAAAUCUCGGCAAUCAACCCGCGAUUCAAUCGAGUUGCGCCUACAAUAAUAACAAUAACAACAACAACAACAACAACAAUAGCAACAAUCUCAUCAGUAACGCGCAUAACUUCAGUCCGGACAAUCUGUCGCAAGGUCUUCGUCUUCAUCAGAGCCACCAGCAGCAACAGCAGACACAGCAACACCAAAACAACAAUGCCCAGCAGAAGCAACACAAUGUGACCAGCAUCGGCGGCGCAUCGACGACGUCGAAUGUCGUCGGUGUGACCGUCCCGUCGAUCGCGCAAGCCGCGCAGAACUCGCAUCGGAAUCUACAGCAGACCGUAGGCGGACAUCAGAAACCGGUGUCGAGCGUGGCGCCGAGUUUUUCCGUCAAGUCGCAGAUCUAUCAGACUUCCUCGACCAAGAUUCAUCCGGUGAUGCCGCAAACUUUGAGUCUACUAGGUCGCGGACACAACAACAACAACAACAACAACUCGGCGCAGAACUACAUCAGCAACAAUCAGCAGCAAGCAGCAGCGACCACGCAGCUACAAUCUGGCGUCGGGAAUCAAGAAGCGAAUUAUAGACACGGUUACUCUGCUGUCCAGCAACAGCAGCAACAACAACAACAGUAUCCCAAUCAGCCAGCAGCCGUCUAUCAGGUUCAGAAUUCGAAUCUCGCCGGUUUUCACGGCACCUUCGGCAACUCCUCCCAAAAGUACAACCAAUCCUCGCAGGUAUCGAAUUCUAACGAUCUCGUACAGAAUCAGGAUCAGAACCAGGUCUUGAACAGUCAGAAGGUCAAGUUCGAGCCGGGCAAGGGUCAGGAUAAGUUCGAACACGCAUUACCAUCUAACAAUAAGCACGAACAGCAGCAACAACAGAAUAGGUACGACCAGAAUCUCACGAGCAAAUACGAGUCUCAGCAACAGAGCGGUAAGCAUGAUCAGGCGAAGCACGAGCAGCAUCUGCACAGCGUUAAGUACGAGUCCGGUUGCCAGAAUUCGCAACAGUAUAGCAAACACGAACAGCAACAGCAGCACGAAGGGAGAUUGCCGAUCAAGUACGAUCAUAAUCCGACGUUUAAGCACGAGCCCUCGAACACCAAUCAGUAUAAAACGGAGCCGAGCAAGUACGAGAGCGGCGGCGGUCAGAGCAAAUUCGAGGCGGUGGAGCGGAGCAAGUACGAGCAGAAUUCCACGACGAAGCAUGUGGUCGAUCACGUAAUCGCCAAGUUCGAGGUUCCCGCGAAAACGCCGUACGAGUUUGACAAUAGGCCGACGAACAAGAGCAGCGACGGCGGCGAGAGGAAGAAUUUCAAUGAGCCGCGAAUGGAGGAUAAGACAAAGCCGGCACUGCCGCCAAAACCGAGCAAGCCGAAUCCACCGCCGAGACUGACUCAUCAUGAGAAGAUCGAUGUGCCGUCAUCCGAAGGCAUCAACGAGUGCAAGAUGACCAACGCGAAUCUCAAUUCGAGGUCGGAUAAGGACGAGGAUAUACCGCCGAUUCCCACGUCGGAACCGCCGGAAUCUCCCACGGAGACGCAGCUGGCAAGUCAUCAAAUCAUCAAGGCUCGGCCGCUGACUCUGAAGAAGGCACCGAUCUCGGAGCAGCCCAGGCUGAGAUACAAAUCCAAUGUUCACGUGUCGAUAAAUCGACGAAUUGAAAUGCCCCCGGCCUUCCUGUUCCCGGAAACGGAAAUCCCGGCGGAUCUUAUGCAGACCGAACAACAGCAGCAACAUCAACAACAAACUAUAGACACUACGGACAAUUGCAAGAGCGUUAUAGCCGACGACAUCGGCGAGGGCGAGAGAUUGGAAGAGGCGGAUAUCAUCGAUGCCUUGAAUGUCAUCAACAUCGAGGAUAAGCCGACGAAGAUGAAGACAGAUUCGGAACUGGGCGGCGAGGUGGAAAUUGACGGAGGCAAGAUAUCGGAGGUAAUGAGGAGGAAGAAGGGAAAUCUCAAGUCGUCGAGCACGACAGGAAGCGGAAGUGGCAAGGUCAAUCUAUCCAGGAGGGUGUCGUUCGAUCCAUUGGCGCUUUUACUCGACGCUAGUCUCGAGGGAGAGCUCGAGCUUGUGAAGAAGACCGCGAAGGAGGUUGCCAAUCCAAGCUCCGCCAACGACGAGGGUAUCACGGCUCUUCACAACGCUAUAUGCGCCGGUCACCUCGAGAUCGUCAAGUUUCUCGUCGAAUUCGGCUGCGAUGUCAACGCCCAGGACAGCGAUGGAUGGACACCAUUACACUGUGCCGCGAGUUGUAACAAUCUGUCCAUGGUGAGAUUCUUGGUCGAACACGGGGCCUGUAUUUUCGCGACUACUCUUUCGGAUCACGAAACCGCUGCGGAGAAAUGCGAGGAGGACGAAGAAGGCUUCGACGGGUGCUCAGAGUACUUGUACAGUGUUCAAGAAAAAUUAGGAAUCAUGAACAACGGUCAAGUCUACGCGGUUUUUGAUUACGAAGCGCAACACACCGACGAGCUCUCGUUGAAGAACGGCGACUCCGUAGUCAUACUCCGGAAGGGCGAUGAUAACGAACGGGAAUGGUGGUGGAGUAAACUCGGACAUAAGGAAGGCUAUGUACCUCGGAAUCUAUUGGGGUUAUAUCCCAGAGUGCAACCAGCGAAAGCGGUUGACUAAAGAGUUUCGUGCUCGCAGAAUAUCCGACGAUUAUUACAGUAUUCGAUUUGCAGCUUUAUCUUGUUAAUUGUUAUUACACAACACAUAGGCACAUUAGUAGUGUUAUUUAAUAGCAUCUCAUUGCUAUCCGAAGCGGAUACGGAUAUCGCGUAGUGGGAUUCUACCAAACUUUUUAACAGCGUUAAUAAUCUCUUCACUUUACAGAGUAAUUUUUGUAUGACUUUUUUUUGCAAAGGGAGAUCAGUCAAGGAUCUCCUUCUCGAUCAGCGGUCGAUCGUGGAUUUGCUAUAAUCUAUGAAUUGAACGAUCGCGCAAACUCGUAUUAUUAUGAUUGACGAUGUAUAUAGAAUAUUUGUUUGAAUGUGUAUUGACUCUCUUUUCCUUUCCACAUCAUUUCGAUAUAAUAGAAACAGAUUUUAAUAACA